UUUUGAUGCCUGCAAAAGGCUAGACCUCUCCAGUUUUUUGUUGUGUGAGCUGUAACUGUAGCCUGCCCUAUCUGUGCUGGACAGUGUCCAGCCGAAGAGCCUCUUUGCCCUGCCCUCAGGCCUCGCAGCUUGUGGAUCUCCGUGCGGAGGAACGCCUCUUUGGUGCCUGUGACAGGGAGAAUUAGGCAAGAGAUGCGGGUUCACUUGCCCUGCGUAGGGGCUUAUCUUGGGCUAAGCUGAGGGACUAAUAGCAAAGCCAGCCUCCGCUCCAGCCGGUCUGAGGGCAAAGGGAACCAUCUGUCCAGUCUGUGGAUAGCUGACAACAAAGGGACAAACAUUGAACACGGACUACAAACUAAAAGGCUGUUCAUUUAGGAGAUUCCAGAAAUACAGAAAAGGAGCAAAUAUUUUUAUAAAAGAGAGCUUAUACAUUUAAGCUUGGCAAACACAGAGAAUGUCCGACAAGGAGGAAAUGGUUUCAGAUGGGAGUCUGAAUGUCACGCUGACUCUCAGGCUGCUGAUGCAUGGGAAGGAAGUUGGCAGCAUAAUUGGGAAGAAAGGAGAAACAGUGAAGAAAAUGAGAGAGGAGAGUGGCGCUCGUAUCAACAUAUCUGAGGGAUCAUCUCCUGAGAGAAUAGUUACCAUCACAGGGCCGACAGAGGGCAUCUUCAGAGCUUUCUCCAUGAUCGCACAGAAGUUUGAGGAGGAUAUUACUGCAGCGAUGACAAACAGCAACGUGACAAGCAAGCCACCUGUGACACUGCGCCUGGUUUUCCCAGGGAGCCAGUGUGGCUCCUUGAUUGGCAAAGGAGGCUCCAAGAUCAAGGAGAUCAGAGAGACCACAGGCGCUCAGGUUCAGGUGGCAGGAGACAUGCUGCCGGACUCUACAGAGAGGGCUGUCACAAUCUCCGGCACUCCACAGGCCAUCACUCAGUGUGUAAGACACAUCUGCUCUGUCAUGCUGGAGUCUCCACCAAAAGGAGCAACAAUACCCUACCGUCCUAAGGGUAUUCCUGCUGGAGCCCAUGCAGUAUUAGCACAGCAACACCCUGCACAAGCCUUUGCAUUUCCAGGGCAGUAUGCUUUUGCGCAUCAAGAUUUGACCAAGCUUCACCAGUUGGCUAUGCAGCAUAUCCCCCUCCCUUCCCUUGGGCAGAGCAACCCUACCUUCCCUGGAUAUGAUGCAUCUGGCCUCACAAGUUCACAAGAGCUGGCAAUACCUAAUGAUUUUAUUGGCUGCAUAAUUGGAAGACAAGGCAGUAAGAUCAAUGAGAUUCGCCAGGUCUCUGGAGCUCACAUCAAAAUUGCCAGUGCCACUGAUGGCUCAGCCAUGCGCCAAGUCACGAUCACAGGCUCGCCGGCCAGCAUCAGCGUCGCCCAGUACCUCAUCAACGCCAGCUUAGAGAUGGCUAAAUACACCAUGCAGGCCGCUUCCUCUGCGACCCCCGUUGACCUCAACAUGAGCUUCUCUCAGUCCGCUCCCUCCAAUGCUGCUACCUCUAUGGCCGUCCUGGCGGCAAACACCCAAGCCCCCAUUAACGUUCACUCUCCCUCCACCUUACAAGCCCUCCAAAACCAACAUUACGCCGUCCCCGUUUCCAGCCUGCUUGGCAUGAAAACUCUCCUGGCUGUCCACCCAGCAGCCGCUUCCAGCCUAGCUCAGGGUUUAUGCCCUUACACUGCAAAAAUGACAACCGCCGGCAUGAAAAAGUCUGACCGGCAGAAGUUCGCUCCUUAUUGAUGUCAGCUUUAUUAGUCUAGUCAGUGUAGCUGACUGGUAAGACAUAAAAAAUUAUGAGAAAUUAUUUUAAAAUGACCAUAGAGGCUUAAAAAUAGCUUACGCCAGUGUGUGCAAGUGUUGCCAGUGUAGCACUUGUUUCACAUAAAUUGGAAGAUUAUUAAGAACAGAACUGAAAGGGUGUUCGUAUUAAAACAUGUCCUCAUUAAUUAAAACUGGCAGCAGAGGUGCAUAUUAACUCAGUAUUAUCUUGUGGACAUGCAUAAUAAUUCAUUAAUGUUGGUAACUCAGGCUUAUAUUAGUAUCCUGGAAAAAGGUAUUUUUUUCCAAUGGAUUCAUGUUACAGAGCUUUAUAUGAAGACUCCAGGAGAGGUAUUUUACAUGAUGCAAAUAUUGACUUAGUUUUUUAUCAGUGUCACUAGUUUACAAUACUUUUGUAUUAGAUAAUGCAAACUAGUAUCACGAGUAUGGUGCUUUGUUGGCAGCAGGCUGUUAAAAUGUUUGUCUUGUACAGUAGAGGUCAGUGUGUUUAGUAUUUUUUAAGAUUUUGUUAUGGUUUUAUGGAUUGUCAACUUAACCUUUCCUCACUAUAGGCUCUCCUCAGUGCUAACAGGCUUGGGUGUUCUGUAGUAGCAUUGCGCUGUUGCCGUUCUGAUGGGAUUAUCCUAAAGCCACAUUGGAUUCUUGUGGAUUUCACUCUACACUGUAAUCCUGUAGAGCGGGACUGGCAUAACUCAUUCAUUGUUUCUGUAUGCUAGUUUUGUUUCCUGUUCUUUUUUCCAAACCUAAAUGACUGGAAUGCUUAAAUUUUCAGUGUCUGAAAUGGAUUCUGAGCAAUUAUUUUAAUAAAGGUUUUAUUCAUGUGUUUCUGAUUUGGGUCUACCCCCAAACAAUGCAGAUUUGUAAAAUUCGUUGAUGAAAUGACUUUGAAAUA